CAGUUUCAAAAUUUUCAUCGAAUCUCAUCAGUUUUCGCUACUUUGAAUCAAAAUCGAAAAAAUCGUUCUCGAUCUCAACAGUUUCAGCAUCGAAGAACUUGGAAAAACAGUUCAUCUCUCGAUCCCAGUUUGUACGGUUUGUAUACAGACAUUCAUCUGCACAAAUCUAAAACUUAGAGAAUCUCAAAUUUCAGAGACAGAUAAGGUAAGCUUUCUUAAAGCAAUCAUUUCUUAUUAGCCUCUUUUGAAUGACUGUUUUUGUUUCUAAAGACACUUAGUUUGUUAACUAAAAUGAACAUAUAUACUAGACUUGAAAACACUUAGUUUGUUAACUAAAAUAUGCAUCGGUUCUAGUCUCUUAAAAUGUACAAGUGAUUGUUUGGAUUCUUAAAACAUAUUGGUUGAGAAAUGGUUUACUUUUUUCGUAGAAUUGGUUUUAAAAUGGACAAGUCUUGGAUGCAUAAGCAUCGUUUGUCUCAAGACUAUUUGAGUGGAGUUAAAGAUUUUCUGGAUUUCGUCUUUGCUAACAUUCAAACAGACAUGAUAAAGUUUCCUUGUCAGCGUUGUUGUCUUGUUAAAUACAAGAAUAGGGUCGAGGUUGAGGGUGAUUUAAUCUGUCAUGGUUUUCUUUCUACUUAUACAAAUUGAUAUCUUCAUGGUGAAGAAUUAGAUAUCCCUGAGCAGAGCGUUAGAUUAGAACACGAUUCUGAUUCUGAUCAGAAUCAAAACUCGAUUAUGAAUCUACUUGGAGAUGUUUUUCCAAGUAUGAACAAUAGUUUCACUGAAUCUGCAAGUGUUCCCACAGAGAAUCAUUCAAAACAAAAGGAGGCAUUUGAUGAUCUGUUCUCUGAAUGUAAUGAAGCUCUGUAUGAUGGGUGUCAAUCGUUCAGCAAGCUGUCCUUCAUGCUGAAGUUGUAUCACAUCAAGUGUUUGUCUAGGAUAAGUGACAGAGGAAUGUCUAUGAUAAUUGACCUCUUAAAAGAAGCUUUUGGGCAUGCAAAGCUGCCUGGAUCAUUUAAUGAUAUGAAGAAGAUUAUUCGUAAGUUAGGCUUUACAUAUGAGACCAUUCACGUCUGUCCUAAUGACUGCAUGCUGUAUUGGGGAAAUGAUGCAUCUAGAGACACAUGUAAGGUUUGUGAAAGUUCAAGAUGGAAGACAUCAACAACAUCAACGACAGCAGAUGAUAUGGUGGAUAAAAAGAAGAAGAAAAAGAAGCAACCAACUGCUAAAAUCCUUAGAUACUUUCCACUGAAACCACGCCUGCAGCGUUUCUUUAUGUCAUCCAAGAGUGCUGAGUAUAUGAGGUGGCAUGAUAGUUCUGAGAAUAAAGAUGGUAAAUUAAGGCAUCCUAGAGAUGGAAAGGCUUGGAAAACCUUUAACCAGCAAUUUCCAGAGUUUGCAUCAGAUCCACGUAAUGUUAGGUUAAGAUUAGCAACUGAUGGUUUUAAUCCCUUUGGUUCUAUGAGUACAAACUAUAGUGUAUGGCCUGUCCUUUUAGUUCCUUAUAACUUUCCACCUUGGAUGUCUAUGAAAGAAACAUCAAUGAUUCUUUCAAUGGUAAUUCCAGGUAAACACAUGCCGGGUAAUGAUAUAGAUAUAUACCUACAACCGCUUAUCCAAGAACUAAAAGAGUUAUGGUCUGAUGGAGUGCCAACCUUUGAUGCCUCUUUAAAAGAAAUUUUUAAUAUGUGUGCUGUUUUGUUAUGGACAAUUAGUGAUUUUCCAGGGCUUGGAAAUCUUUCUGGGUGGAAUAUACAUACAGGAUUAGCCUGUCCUUCUUGCAAUUAUGAUGCUACAAAGCUUCGUCUACAUCAUGGGAAGAAAAACUGUUUCAUGGGACAUCGUCGGUUUCUGCCUCAGAAUCAUAGUUUUCGAAAAGACAAGCACCAUUUUGAUGGUUUUAUUGAAACAAGGGAGGCUCCUAUUACACCAUCAGGAACUGUUAUUCCCCAGAAAAUUCAAGAUGUUGAUGUUACUUUGGGGAAGAAGGUAGAUAGUACUGGAAAGAAGAGGCAUCGACAAGAGGCUGGAAAAAGUCAGUGGAGAAAGAGUAGUAUAUUCUUCGAGUUGCCUUAUUGGAAACAUCUUCUCUUGAGACACAAUCUAGAUUUGAUGCACAUAGAGAAGAAUGCCUUUGAUAAUCUCAUAUUUACAUUACUAGAUGACAAAGGCAAGUCAAAAGACAAUCUUAGUGCCAGAAAAGAUUUGCAAGAACUUGGUAUUCGUAAAGAGUUGUGGUCUGAUGAGAAUGGUAGAUAUCUUCCUGCAUGUUUUACAAUGACUACACAUGAGAAAGAUAGAUUUCUUAAUAUCUUGAAGAGUGUAAAGGUCCCAAAUGGUUAUUCUUCAAAUAUUUCCUCCUGUGUUGAUAUAAAUCAACGGAAAAUAGUUGGCUUAAAGAGUCAUGAUUGCCACAUCUUAAUGGGUCAGUUGCUGUCUAUAGCCAUUCGUAAUGUUUUACCCCGAGAAGUUUCGUUUGUCAUAACAGAGUUAUGUUACUUUUUUCGGGAUAUAAGUACAAAGGUACUUGAUAUUGAAGAUGUGGAUAAGCUGCAGGAUCAUAUUGCACUUACUUUGUGCCAUUUAGAAAUGGUUUUUCCUCUAUCUUUUUUCACCGUAAUGGUCCAUUUGACCAUCCGUCUCACAGAAGAAGUGAAACUAGGAGGUCCAGUUCAAUUUCGAUGGAUGUAUCCAAUUGAAAGGUAUAAGUUUGGUUCUUAGUAUUCAUCUAUAGAUAGCUUAGUAUUCAUCUAAGUUUGGUUUUUUUCCUAUAUGAUCUUUGGAUGUUUUAAAUCUUAUGUUCGAAAUAGAGCUCGACCUGAAGGUUCCAUAUGUGAGCAAUAUAUUGCAGAUGAAUGUCUUACAUUUUGCUCUAAAUAUCUUGAUGGAGUGGAGACAAGAUUCAAUCGUAUUGGGAGAGUGGAUGAUCACCCUAUGGUGGAGCAUGACUUAGGUUCUGAAUCACAGAUUCCUCUUAUAUUUCCUUCACUUGGGAGAUCUGUUGGUGCUUCUAUACUGGGCACACUCAGUCCCAUUGAACGACAACAAGCACAUAGAUAUAUCCUAGUAAAUAGCUCUUUUUUAGAUGAAUAUCGCAGGAUAUUUAAGAGUGAACUAAGAAGAUCACAAUUACGGCGUCAAAAAAGAGGAACUGUGAUAGAUAUAGAUCGACAUGUGCAUCUCCAUUUUAGUCAAUGGCUUAAGCAAAAAGUAGAAAAUAAUAGUCUUAAUGGUAUUUCUGCUGAUAUUCAGUGUCUUGCACAAGGUCCAUCUGAUAAGUUUUUAAAGUUCUCAGCUUAUAAUAUCAAUGGAUUCAAGUUUAGAA